AUGGAUGAUUUUUCUUCAAAGAAAGGAGUGACAAGUAGCCUGAACCCCCUCACAGAGAAAAGUAAUCUUUUAGGAACUAAAGAUACAAAACAGCAACAUAAAAAUACAGUCAGUGAAAGGAAAGAAGACACCUGGACAACAGAAACAUUUCAAGGUUGA